AAACAUCGAGGGAAACAUUGCUAAAUCGCGUGAAGCAACAGGGCGAGAUAGUACGCGAUUAAAAGCUACGAAGGCUGAAAAAACGCAGACCUGGCAAUAAUUAAUGGUGGUUCCUUGCUAGCUUGCUCACUGAUAUUACCUCUGCUGUUUGGACUAGUUUGAUAAAUCUCAACAUUGAGGGGGCUUUUCUCUUUCAUUCUGGUUGUCUUGCAAUUCCUUCAUCCAUUCAUGAUGUUACGCCUGAUAUGCCACAAUUCUUUUACCGUCCUGUGGAAAUGCAAUCGCAACGUAUCAAUGUCCACAACGCCACAGAUAGCGGAGGAAGUCUGCAAAUUGUUGGAUCUGAAAACGCAAUUGGGGGAGGAAAAUGGCUGCUCUCACAAGCUCAUUCUCAAAACGCCCAAAGGCACAAGGGAUUACAAUCCAGAGCAAAUGGCGCUGCGAUUGGGAGUGUUGGAAAAAGUAAUUUCAGUAUUUAAGCGUCAUGGCGCGGAAACCAUAGACACGCCUGUAUUUGAGUUAAAGGAUGUUUUGAUGGGUAAAUACGGCGAAGACUCUAAGCUUAUCUACGACUUGAAGGAUCAAGGCGGUGAGAUCCUCGCACUUAGAUAUGAUUUGACAGUUCCUUUUGCGAGGUAUCUAGCUAUGAAUAAGAUGACCAAUAUCAAAAGGUAUCACAUUGCGAAAGUCUAUCGAAGAGAUAACCCGGCCACGACAAAAGGCAGAUACAGGGAAUUUUAUCAGUGUGAUUUUGAUAUCGCCGGUCAAUACGAUCCGAUGAUACCGGAUGUGGAAUGCAUUCGAGUCGUAUCUGAAGCGCUGCAGGUCCUGGAUCUAGGGCCGUACUUAAUUAAGUUGAAUCAUAGAUCUUUGCUGGAUGGCAUAUUUGCCGCGUGCGGCGUGCCGCAGAGCAAAUUCCGCAGUAUCUGCUCCGCCGUGGAUAAGCUGGAUAAGAGCCCCUGGCAGGAAGUGAAGAAGGAAAUGACGGACGAAAAGGGAUUGGAUGAGCAUGUCGCCGAUAAAAUCGGCAGAUACGUCUCUCAAUCUGGUGGGAUCGAACUGAUAGCUGAAUUGAGAAAAGAUAAAGAAUUGAUGAAACAAUCCGCUGCCGUGCAAGGCUUAGAUUCCAUGGAAUUGUUGCUGAAGUAUUGUAACAUUUACAAAAUUCUGGACAAAAUUAAGUUCGACCUAAGUCUCGCCAGAGGACUCGAUUAUUAUACGGGUGUCAUUUAUGAAGCUAUAUUGUGCGGAGACGAUGUCGGCGUCGGUAGCGUAGCGGGUGGCGGCCGUUAUGACAAUUUGGUAGGAAUGUUCGACAACAAGAACAAAAACGUACCUUGCGUCGGCGUGUCGUUGGGCGUGGAACGGAUAUUCAGCGUUCUGGAAGCAAAAUUGGCGAAAGAGAAGAUAAAGAUACGCACCACCGAGAUUGAAGUGUUUGUCGCGAGUGCGCAGAAGAAUUUGCACGAGGAGAGAAUGAGAAUACUGGUGGACUUGUGGGAAAGUGGAUUGAAGGCGGAGCAAUCCUACAAGAAAAACGCGAAGCUCCUGAUGCAGUUGCAACACUGCGAAGAAGACGGUAUUCCUUUAGCGAUAAUUAUUGGGGAAAACGAACUGGCGAAGGGCGAAGUCACACUGAGAGUUGUCUCGACUCGAGAAGAAACUCGUGUGAAGCGUAGCAAUCUUGUUAAUGAAAUACGAAAACGGCUAGAAAUCUUAUCGUAGCACAUUAACGACACGUAACGGCCUUUUUGUAUAUCAUCACUUCUCGCUAUUGCGAGGAAAUCAACAUCGGUAUAAGAAAAAAAAUAUUUAUAUCGCAUUUAGUUUCAUUGUAACUCGCGCAUUUUUAUUUAUUACAUACUCGAGUAAUACACAACCCAAUUUUGUAUAUUUUCCUGCACACAGAUUUGCACCAACUACAUUCCUACCGUAAUAUUGAGUGCUUUUCCGAUUUUUAAUGACAAUAAUCCACGUUUUUCUAAAAAAUUUUUUCCUUUUCAAUCCCGAAAAUGUGUAAGAUUCGAGAAUCUGUAAUUUUUGGUUUUGCGCGAAUUUGUGUUAUUUCUGUUACCAAGCAACAAGCUUUUCGUCAUUCAUAGAUAUAAUUAUGAAAUGAAUGUACGAGAAAGUGACCACGCUCUGCAUUUAUUGUGGAAUGAUUAUAGUUCUUUCGAGUUUUUCCAAAUUUAAUCGUAAUGUCUUUAUUGCAUAUACAUUUCUUGCAGUUGCAAGGAAAUCUACAUUAGUGCAAUAAGAUAUUUAUGUCGAAUUUAGUUUGAUUUUAAUCCGCACGUUAGAAAACAUUUAUUUAUUAUAUUUUGCACGAAUUUAUUUGUAUUGUUUUCGUAAAACGACAAGCUUCUCGUCAUCUACAGAAGUUGAUUGGAAAUUUCUAAAAAAAAAAGAAAAUGCAUUGAUUGUGUCCACUCUGCAUUUGUUGUUCCGACAAACAAAUGAUCAUUUAGUUAAGUUUGUUUUUUGUUUAGUUUUUCCGAGUUUUGUGAUUGAUAAUCAUAAUAUGUGUAAUAUGAGCUCUAUCAUCCAAAAAAUCAAGUACAUCUUUGUAAUUUAUUUUACAAGAACUUGUCAAUAAAAUAUUACAUCAUUUCGUGAAA